CCAGUGGGAGGAUCAAGCCGGCUCACUGGGCAUGAAAAUCCCUGCAAGUUUUAGGAAUUCUCCUUUCUCAAAGUUUUGUGUUUUACCCUACACGGUUUUCUAAAACCAUCCCAAGGAUUUGUCAAUCGAGGAGAUUGUCAGAUUGAACAAAUAGCAGUUGGCCGAGCCGUAUAAGGUCUCGACACAUCCAAGCAGCACCAUGUGGAUGACCAAAGUGCUCGCUGUGGCCUUGCUGGCCACCGUAGCUUCAGCCGCCACUGCCGUCACAGCUGACAAGGUCCUCAGUAACCACGCCACUAUUUUGGCCGACAACAGCGCCAAACUUGGCUUCAGCCUCUACCAAAACAUGGCCAAGGAGAAGGGCCUGGAGAACAUCCUCAUCUCCCCGGUGGUGGUGGCCUCAGCCCUGGGCCUGGUGGCCCUGGGGGGCAAAGCCUCCACGGCCUCACAGGUCAAGACGGUCCUGAGCGCCGAGAAGGUGAAGGACGAGCAGCUGCACGCGGGUCUGGCCGAGCUCCUGAAGGAGGUGAGCGACCCGGAGACGCGCAACGUCACCUGGACCAUCAGCAACCGCCUCUACGGGCCCAGCUCGGUCAACUUUGCCGCCGACUUUGUCAAGAGCAGCAAGAAGCACUACAACUGCGACCACUCCAAGAUCAACUUCCGGGACAAGAAAAGCGCAGUGAGCUCCAUCAACGAGUGGGCGGCCAAGUCCACCGACGGCAAACUGCCCGAGGUCGCCAAGGAGGUGGAGAAGACCGACGGAGCGAUGAUCGUCAACGCCAUGUUCUUCAAACCCCAUUGGAAUGAGCAGUUCCAUCAUGCGAUGGUGGACAACCGUGGCUUCCUGGUGUCUCGCUCCUUCACUGUGGCGGUUCCCAUGAUGCAUCGCACAGGCAUGUAUGGCUACUACGACGACAAAGUCAACAAGCUGUACGUCCUGAGCAUGCCUCUGGCUCAUAAGAAGUCCAGCUUGGUAUUCUUCAUGCCCUAUCACGUGGAGGCCUUGGACAGGCUUGAAAAACUGCUGAGCAAGAAGCAGCUGGAUGCCUGGAUGGGGAAGCUGGUGGAGACGGCUGUGGCAGUGUCAUUGCCCAAAGUCAGCAUGGAAGUCAGCCAUAACCUGCAGAAACACCUUGGAGAGCUGGGUUUGACUGAGGCUGUGGACAAAAAGAAGGCCGACCUGUCCAACAUCUCCGGGAAGAAGGACCUGUACCUGGCCAACAUGUUCCACGCUUCUGCCAUGGAGUGGGGCACGGACGGGAACCCCAUUGACCACAGCAUCUUCAGCUCUGACAAGAUGAAGGAUCCCAAACUCUUCUACGCGGACCAUCCCUUCAUCUUCCUGGUGAAGGACAACAAGACCAAUUCCAUCCUCUUCCUCGGCCGAAUGGUUCGGCCCAAAGGCGAAAAGAUGAGAGAUGAGUUGUAACCUCGCGACUUGAGUCUUUGGUCGGCGGGUUCGAUUGGGUUGGUGUGUUUGUGCCUUUUCUGGGCAAAUAGAGGGGAAAAAAGGUGGGAAAUAGUUGUACGUCUAAUACCCAACAACGCAUUCCUUUUGAUCAUCAAUAUGCCAAGAUUCUUUGUCUGUUGUUCACAAAGCAUGAUUCAGAGAUGUUGUUAAGACCAAAGCAUUGUGUGUUAUAAACAUCAACAUUAUCUUGUUGGGUGAAGGUGGCACAUUUGACAAUUUCCUGUCAGAUCACAGAAUGGACUGCAUACUUACAUUAAGUAUGACCUCCCAGAAUAUUGCCAUAGAUGUCAAAUCUGCUUCUCUCUCAGGUUUUUCUUUCCUGUGUCUUUCUUUGCCAUGCUUUCCCGUGUCAAUUCUUCAUUUGUUCGAUUUAAGUCAUACGUUGUGAAGUUGGAUCUUGUGAUAUCUUUAAUGUUUAAAGCUCAACGUAUUUGUCGCAAUCUUGUUGCAAGCUAAUCUGGUGCUAUUGUCCGCUUGCUCAUGUGAAGCACAUUCCUCGCCAGUGUAGAGGCCCCAUGUCUAUCGGGCUAUUUACUGACCCACACUGAAAGCAUUGCUCUGCACUAGUUAUCCCACAUCUACAUAAGUGGCCUUAUUCUGUGGAGGGCUUUUGACAAAUCAGCCAUCUUUAACACUGUGUCUGAACGUAUUUUGCCACCCACAUUUUUUUUCUAAGAACAAUGGUAUGGUAUGAGAUAGUUACACAUUUUCUCCUUUUUUAAUAAAAUGGCAAAACUAUAAA